UUUAUAAUUACAACCUUGAGGCAGUUGGUUAAUAGUUCAAUGUUUUAUAAACAUUGAUUACUGUGCGCAGUAUCGUUCGUUUACCCUCGAGCGACUGUUGAGAAAUGUCAUCGAUUUUUAUAGGGCAUGCAGUGUCUGAUACUGGCUUGAUUCGUCAACUGUGGUUUGCCUUUGUUCUUGGAGGAAUACGUAAUCGUGUUGCCACAAAGAUAAGUAUGACACCUUUGACCAGAUAACGUGGCCAAAAGUAACAGCUGCGUGGCAAAUUGGUCUGUUCACUGUCAAUUAUCGUUCUCGACACGGUAACGCUGAAAUGGCGGAAGGAUCUGAAUUAAGUUUCUUCGACUUAAGGCUGGUACACGAUCACUUUGAUCGUGCCCUCGUGGAGGACGACGAUAUUGAUCUCAAAGCCUACUUAGACGCCUACAAUGAGCUCUACAAAUUUUUCCAGUUGAUGGGCAGUGUAUUUGGCUUCGUGUCCUCUGAUUUGAAGCAAAAGAUUGAAAUACUGAUUGAAUUGACAAGCAAAGAUGAUCAGAAUUACACCACCAUAAAAACAAUGAUAUUACACGAGAAGGAGAAUAAACUUCUCGAUAAGGGAGACUAUACAAAUGGGGCACGUACACUAUUAAGACUCCACAGGGGAUUAGAUUUUAUUAGAGAAUUCUUGAGGCAACUAGGUGACCUAUCAGACACUGAUAAGACAUCUACCUCUUGUCAAGAUGCGUAUAGUAAAACCUUAGCCAAGCAUCAUCCAUGGGUGAUCAGAAAAGCAGCCAUGGUUGCCAUGUACACUAUGCCAACCAGAGAACUUUUAUUUAAAAAGGUUUGCGGGUCUGAGGUCCAAAGGAAUGUCGACGUCUUGCCAAAAAUGUUGGAGGUGACUGCCGACGUGUUCAAUCGUACUCACACUAUCUACGAGGUCCAUCAACUUCACGCUUUACCGUAGAGAAUAAUUUAAAAAAAAUCUAGCUUUAUGGUACAAUCAAAUAAAAAUGGCUGCACCUGUUUCACGGAAGCUGCCCGGGAAAGCAUGCUGCGCGAACAUUCCGUAUAAGAAAAUUGUGAUACGCGGUAAUCUUACUUGGUACGGUCCGCUCUAGCAUUUUGUAACGACCACUUUUUACUUAAGUGUAUACACUGUUGUUUAUAAUUUCUGAUAUUGUACAAAAUGCACCAGUCCUUGCCCUACUCUCCUUUCUCCGUACUCUCCUUUGUAGCUUUAAUUCCUCUGUACACCUGUCUAACACGAAUUAUAUAGAUAUAGAGCAAUCCGCGUAGAAUCGACGUCGAACGAUUCGGUGCAAUCUUUAUUUAUCAAUUAAAUGUUUUUAUUACAAACCAGUAUUGUACAAGAAUAUCAAUGAAUAUCUGCGAGAUGAAAGGAAACACGUCUGUCUUUUGUACCCUGUUUUUUUACACGUUUAAGCAACGGAUAGUAAAAUCACGAUUACGAAGCUGGAAAAGUCUUUCAAGAACUCGAUCGGUUAGCUGAC